AUGAUGCCGGACCUCCUCCUCCAAGUCCACCGGUUUCAUGAUUGGGUCGCGGAUGUUCUAAAGAGAAGCAAGUCUACUUUCCAAUUCAAAGGCCCUUGGUUUGGUGACAUAGACACAUUGGUCACUGCUGAUCCGGCCAACAUACAGUACAUAAUGAGCUCGAAUUUUUCCAACUUCUUUAAAGGGGCCGAGUUCAACAAAAGAUUCGAUCUUCUUGGAGAUGGGAUUUUCAAUGCGGACUCGGAUUCGUGGAAAAACCAAAGGAAAGUUGCUCAAACAUUAUUAAAUCAUCGGUUGUUCUACCAAUUCUUGGUUAAGAGCAGCCAGGAUAAGGUGGAAAGGAGUCUAAUCCCAGUCCUUGAGCAUGUGUCUAGACAAGGCCUGGUAGUGGACUUGCAAGAUUUGUUCCAAAGAUUCACGUUUGAUGCCACCUGCAUGAUUGUGACCGGCCAUGACCCUGGAUGCCUCUCUAUUGAUCUACCUGAAGUUACUUUCUCGAAAGCCAUGGAUGAUGCUAUGGAAGCAAUAUUUUAUCGACAUAUUUUGCCAGAGAGCAUUUGGAAGUUGCAAGGAUGGCUAGGAAUCGGGAAAGAGAAGAAACUUAAGAAAGCCUGGGUAACACUCGAUCAUGUUAUAGCUGAAAUCAUAUCGAGGAAGAAAGAAGAAUUGGGCAAAGGCAAAAAUUUGAUGGAAGAAGAUGGAGCGGGUAUUGAUUUGUUAACUUCAUACAUGAGUGAAGAUUAUAGUAUGGGAUCAAAAUCAGAUCAUGAUGAGUUUCUGAGAGACACCAUUAUAAAUCUCAUGCUUGCUGGGCGAGACACUGUAAGUUCAGGUCUGUCUUGGUUUUUCUGGCUUGUGUCAAAGAAUCCAGAAGUAGGGACCAAGAUUCGAGAAGAGCUGAAAGCAACUCUACCAGAAAAAGAAGCUGAAAGAUGGAGUCUAUUCGACAUAGAAGAGGUAAAGAAGCUGGUUUAUCUACAUGGGGCACUGUGUGAAUCUUUAAGGCUCUAUCCACCAGUUCCGAUUGAAUCCAAGUCCCCUCGAAGACAAGACACCCUUCCAAGCGGCCACCAAGUCUAUCCAGAGACAAAAAUCUUGCUUUCUUCUUAUUCAAUGGGAAGGAUGAGUUCAAUAUGGGGAGAUGACUGCUUUGAAUUUAAGCCUGAAAGGUGGAUUACAGAGAGAGGAGGGAUGAAGCAUGAGCCAUCAUACAGGUUCUUUUCUUUUAAUGCCGGACCUAGAACUUGUCUUGGAAAGGAUGUGGCUUUUACUCAAAUGAAGGCAGUUGUAGCUGCUAUAAUCUACAAUUACCAGGUUCAAGUAGUAGAUGGACAUACUGUGACCCCUAGCCAGUCUGUUAUUCUUCACAUGAAGCAUGGCUUCAAAGUUAAGCUUAGUAAGAUAUGGGCUUGA